AGUCGCUUGCUCUAGUUCCCGGACACUGGCCCGCAUGCGCAAUUCCCUCCUGACGAAUUACGCUGCGCGCAGGCGCAGAGUCCGCCUGCGCCGGGUCCCACCUUCGCCUCGCCACACCCUGGCAGGCUCCCUUCAGUGCGCGUGCCCACCAGCUUAAAAAAUCGGUGGAAAGGAGGGCGGGGAGGAAGGCUGAGGGAAGAGAGGGCACCGCCGGGCGUCAGGGUGCAUUGUGGGAAGGAGGCGGCAGCGUCCCGGGCGGGCGGGAGGUGCACCAGCGGUGGCGGCGGCGGUAAAUCCUCCCGGCCGCUCACAGCACUGUAGAGCCACGUCCCCAGGCCGGCCUCAGACCGCGCGCCCCUCCUGCCCCUCGCGGCUCCUCGCACGCCCGCCCCUCCCCCCACGCGCCGGCCUUACAGAGCCGGCCGGCCGGCCUGGCUCCCCUCCCCGGCCCCGACGGGCGGGCGGGCUGCCCUGAGGAGGCGGGGAGGGGAGGACUGGGCCGGCCGGCGGGCGUGCGACGAUGCCGAACUUCUGCGCGGCCCCCAACUGCACGCGGAAGAGCACGCAGUCCGACCUGGCCUUCUUCAGGUUUCCGCGGGAUCCGGCCAGAUGCCAGAAGUGGGUGGAGAAUUGUAGGAGAGCAGACUUAGAAGAUAAAACACCUGAUCAGCUAAAUAAACAUUAUCGAUUGUGUGCCAAACACUUCGAGACCUCUAUGAUCUGUAGAACUAGUCCUUAUAGGACCGUUCUUCGAGACAAUGCAAUACCAACAAUAUUUGAUCUUACCAGUCAUUUGAACAAUCCGCAUAGUAGACACAGAAAACGAAUAAAAGAAUUGAGUGAAGAUGAAAUCAGGACACUGAAACAGAAAAAAAUUGAUGAAAAUUCUGAACAGGAACAGAAGCAUAAAGAAACAAACAAUAGCAAUGCUCAGAAUCCCAGUGCCGAAGUUCAGGGGGAUGAACAGGAU